UACUAGGAGAUUCACGGAUACGUUAUUGUACACUUGUGAAUCUCCAUAGAAAUAAUUUUGAAUUUGCUUCAUAAUGGCGGGCUCUAGUCAGCUGAUCAUUAGCAGAAUGCCUGCUCGAUAAUAGGAGUGCUAUUUGUGCGCAAACUCAGCAAUCCCAUCCGCGCAUUGCACUUUGCUUCAGCAGGCACAGGCAAGCAGAAAGCAGUUCGUUUGUUCACUCGUUGUCAGUCGGUCGGUCGUUUGGCCUCACUUUUGAUAAGUGUCUGAAAAUUUUGUGUUAGCUCUUUGCGGUUGAUGAUGGCCGAAACGGAAAUGAAUAUCAAUUCUCAGUUUUUUGAAGGUGUAGAAAAAUUGCUCGAAAUUUGGUUUACUCGCGCGGAUGGAAAUCUCAAACAAUGCGAUCUUCGCAAAAUACCACGGCAACAGUGGGAAAACAUGUUGAAAAUAGUUCACUGUGAAAUCAUCAGUUUCGUUAGUAAUGAUCGAGUAGAUGCUUAUGUAUUAAGCGAGAGUAGUAUGUUCGUUUCUCGGAGAAGGUUCAUCUUGAAGACUUGUGGCACCACCACCCCGCUCCAGUGUCUCGAGCCUCUACUCAUGCUGGUCAAGCAAUACGCUGGCUUUAACGAGGUCGAGGACGUGUUUUAUUCUCGAAAAAAUUUCAAAAGACCUGAUCUUCAAAAACAUCCUUAUUGCAGUUUUGAGGAAGAAGUUUCGUUUUUGGAUAAUUUUUUUGAUGACGGCGAAGGAUACAUAAUGGGUGACUGUACUAGUAAUGACUGUUGGUAUUUGUAUACAUUGACGCCUCCAAACAACAAGCUGAGCUGCCGUCAGCUGUCGAACAAUGCAGCGUCCUCCGACCCCGACCAGACCCUUGAGGUGCUCAUGACCGACCUCGACCCCAAGGUCAUGAGCAUCUUCACUCGACUCGAGUCAUCCUCAGCCGCUGAGGCUACCAAAAACUCUGGGAUCGCCAAGAUUAUUCCAAAUAUGGUAAUUGACGAUUAUCUCUUCGAACCAUGUGGCUAUUCUAUGAAUGGGAUCUCAAAGAAUGGUGACCCAGAGCCCCCCGCUGGAUAUUACAUGACUAUACACAUCACACCUGAGCCAGAGUAUUCUUAUGUGAGCUUCGAAACAAAUGUUCCACAAGCAUCUUACAAGGACAUUGUAUCAAGAGUGAUCGACACGUUCAAACCUGGCAACGUUGUCGUCACCAUAUUUGCUAACAAGGCGUCGCAGACUCAACCAGGUGGAGCAACCGCGCAUGCGCGUGGCCUGGAGAAGUGGCUCGGCUCGAGCGGAGAACUGCACCGCCAGGAGGUCAAGUGCUGCCAACUGAAGAACUACGACCUGAGCUUCGCCGUCUACACCAAGUUCCCGAGCUGAGGGUCUUGGGAGGCCCGCGGCCCCCCCACCACUCUACCGGCCCGGAGCCCCCCUCAAGCCUCCCCCCCGCCUCCACCAGUCUCCCCCCUGCCACUUCCCAGUCUCGAUUUGUUGUUUGCCUGGUGGCGCUACAAGAUCUCCUGAAGCCAGCCGCGACUUCGCUAAGGACAGUUGUUGAGUUUGUUGUUGUUAAUUGCAGUUUUUUGUUGCUCCAUCUUUCCUUAGACCUCAUUCUGUUGGAUCGUCACCUAUGAGGGUGGCACGCCAAUCUAUUUGGAAGCCAUUGAACGGAUUGUCGGUCAUUGUAAUCAACAUUAUUGAGUAUAAAAUCCUGUAGUGCAACACCCUUCUCGUAUGUUAUCAAUAUCAAGAGAAGUACAACUGCUGAUUAUAAAACAUGUUGUUCGGGGUCGUUAGAAACAGAAAAAGCUUAGAUUGCCAUUCAUUGGUAAACGACUCAGUUGCGAGAUCAUUUCCCAUCAUUUUCGAUAUUACACUAUUCAAUUGAUUGUUAUUAAUGUUAUAAAUUCUCAUACAGGGUGGUUUAGAGUUUCAUGACAAUCUUUCGUGAUGCAAUUCUAUUCCUAGUAUAAAGUAAUUACUGUAAAUAAAUUUUAGUAUCCACUUGAACUUCGUACAGAACUACUGAUUUACCUGUAGGUAUACUAUUUUGUAAAUUUUCAGAAAUAUAUAAAAAUGGUAAUACCAUUAGUGAAGUAUAUUUGUAGUUUUGUACACAGCUUGAAUAAGAGAUAAAUUUUAAUAGAUAUAAAUUAAAAACAAAAAAAUAUUCUAUUAUCAAAUAACAUGUACAUAUUAGUUUGACUAAACAUGUAUAAACUUUCCCGUCAAGUUCAAAUUUAAAGAUCUUUGAAAUUCCAAAGCUUAUUGAAAAUGUACCAAAAUAAUGUAACACGGUAGUGGUAUAGUUCUAGAGUUUUUAUAAUUCAGACAUCUAAAGAAUAUCUCACUAACUAUUCAUAUAAUCAGGUCUGGAUUAGGCCUUAUCGUCAUGCACUAAUCUUCGAUAUUCUGUAUGGAAUUAAAAAUGUAUGAAAUCUUAUUCUAUGACUGAACUUGAUACUCUCCGCUGACAUACAUUUAAAAGUAAUUUUAAUCUUCAAUUUGUUAUCUCCUAACUAGGCAGCUUGAGCUCAAAACACUAUUAUUGUUCAUAGAACUUUGUUACUUUCCUACGUCCCAAUACAAAGAAUUGUUAAAUAAUCGAUUUUUUUUUUGUAUAUAUAAAAAGAAAAUCGUUUUCCACUUAAUUUAUUUAUAUUUUAUUUGAAAGAAUUACUUUGUUAAAUUUCUACUUUAUUCUUUCUUACCAAAAUUUUAAUUGUUAUUUCAUUUCAUGUUUAUAUAUUAUUUCAACAAUUAUGAGAAAAGUUUCUUUUCAAUCACGAUCUAGAAAAAUACAAUCACAGUAGAUAAUACAUUGGGGAAAAUAGAUUUCAUAAAUACGAUGCAAAAGGUACUAAAAAUUUUCUUGGAAAUAUUUUAAUAUUCAUAAUAUAUGUCUCUGCUUAUUGAUAAAACAAAGUAGAUAUUCUCAAUUAUUUUUCCUUACUAUAGUAUCCUUAUAUAUUUUGUAUUGCUAUUCUUGAGGUACAUCAGUGCUAACAUUCAAUGUCCAAAUAAUAAUUUUGAUUAUCUAUGAUUGUCUCCCAGGUGGUCAACAGUUCUCCACUUAUAAAGAUAUACGUAAUUUUGUCCCUUUUCAUAGCAGUCGAAAUCAAUGCUUAUGCGAUCCAAUUUCAUUCAAAUAAUGGUCAAAUGUGAACUUAUCCCCGAUACCAUUUCAUAUAACUUAUUACAAGAGAUUAAUUGAAGAUAGCAAUUGAUUGACACUGGCCUUAUUAAUCAUUGAAGCCAGUAGGUGAUAAUGUUAUUUGAACUAGUUGACUGUGAUAUUAACCUCAGUUCUGACUGAGAAUGAUUGAAUAAAUCAAGUGGAAAGAGUAAAUUAUAUCUAUUCUAUCUUUCGAGAAAAAUCAUCUUCUGAAAUUUGAAUAUGGGAAUUAUUAUUUUGUUGAUCAUUCUACGAAUUGAUACAAUAAUUGAUGAAAUUAUAAUUCUUAUUUUCCGGGCAUAAUAAAUUUUAUAUCGUAAACCGUUAGUUGUAUAUUUUAGAGGGUAUAUUUAUACCCUAUGUAAAAUUAUUCUCAAUUAUAUCAAUGGACAAUUCUGGCCACGACAAGUUAAAGAGAACAUACAAUCAGUCUAACCGAAAGUACAAAUAUUAAAAUACAAACAAAUAAUCACUUUAACUAUCCACAUUAUCUAACUGAACGGGCUACAACUGUUGAAAAAUUGUACUACAAUUGAGAAUUUUCUUUCUUUCAAUUGAAGCUAAUUUAUGUUUUGAAUAUGUAUUUGCUGUAUUAUGUUAAGUAUAUGGUCUUUGUUAGAGAUGCUACAACUAAGUCAAGAAAAUAAUUAUAUUGAAGAUUGAAAGCUUAUUUUCAAAUAAUAAUAUUUCAUUAUAUCGCAAAAUAUAAGAUUACUUAGACAUCAAACUAUUCUUGAAAUAAACCUUUGCUCAUACCCAACCUUUUAAUAAUAUUAAAAGUGAAUCAUCAUUACAAAAAUCAUCCAUGUCACCCAACAAUCCAUUCAUUCAUAUCAUUGUAUUUAAUGAAGGUAUUACUGAAUGGAUUCACUUUCAAUUAUGAAUUAAAUACUAGCAUAAGAAUAGUACUAGAGAAAAUAGCGGUCCAGUUCGUUGUAGGAAUAAUUAGAACUGUGAAUAAUAUUAUUGUUGUAUACAAAUCAUUCCAAAAUACCCUUUAGGCUCAUAUGAUACAAUUAUUAUGCUCUGUGAUCUAUUCUGUACAUAAUUUAUGUAUGACGCAAUAUUAUUCAUAUGUAUUUAGUGAAUAAUUUAUGAAUUAAAAAAAAUAUGCGAACGGUCGGUGAACAAUGUUGGUUUGUUUUGUUGAAACGAGAUUAGCACAAAAUAAUUAUUCACUUUUCUGCAUUAUCAUUUGUUGUAUAGUCUUAUAUUUAAUUGAAUAUUCUUCUAAUGCAUUUCUCAUGACCGAUUUCAAGAAUAUUCCUGAAAAUCUGAAAUAUAAUUGACGGUCAUCAAAAAUGAGAAAUACGGCGGAAAACGUAGCAACUACAAAUGAUUGAUAGAGGUAGGUCUUCAUGAAACUAAACACCAGAUUUGUGAUCACUGUUCCGAACAUUUUAAUCAAUGUCGUGAUAUGUAUAGACUUGAUUCGCUAUUUUUUUCAUAUUUUCUCCACCAAUUCUUUAUUGUAUUUAUGAUUGUUACUAGGCCACACAUUUUUUCACGGAAUUUGUUUAUCAGUGUAAAUUAUUGUCGUUAGUUAAUAUAAUGAGUGUUAGUAACAUAUAAGUGAUUUUUAAUAGCCAAUUCAAUUGGCCAGGGUUGGAUUAAUUUAUUUUAUUUUUGUCGAAGUACGUUUAAUUCAUGGUGCCAAGCAAAGAAAAAACAAGUGUGAUUUCAAAUGAACUGCUAUUGCAUAAGUCAAUUCCUAGUUUAUAUUUUGUUGAAAAAAUUGAUUUUAUCUUUUAUCAUUACUUUAGAAUAUUUUGUUUUGCAUUUUUGUCGCAUUUGACUGGUGAGUGAGUGGAUAGUAAUUAGAAAUAUAUUUUUACUUACAAUGUUGAUAUUAUAAUGAUUAUGUACCCAAUUAUUAUAAUAUAGCAGAAUUAUAUAUGUUAUAACUUCAGAUAUUUAUUUUCCUUGAACACUAUCGUUGAAUUAAUUUUUAUAGAAUAAAGUAGACGUACAAAGAAGUGAUGGUUCUCCGAAGUUGAUAUUUAUAUGCAAACAAAAACUUCCAACCAAAUAGAGCAUUGUAAUUUUAUAAUAUUUCAUUAUUCCAUUGAAAUAAAUUAGCACAAAAUAGGAAUGUUGUACUAGUUCUAGAAUUGUACGAGAAAGCUUCCAUUAGAGAGAUUAUGAUAGAAGCUUAAUCAAUUUUCAUGAAACUAAGAAAAUGUUUAUGAAAAUCUUGUAUUAGAUAUUUGUAAUAGCGUUAAAAAAGAAAAAUAAAUAAUUUAAGAAUGUUU